AUGGCGGUAAUAGAAAUUGGAUUUGGAAAGAGAGAAAAUAUCGUUCAAGGAACUCCUGUUGUUAUAGAAUGUUGGAAAAGUAACCAAAGAACGACCAGAUAUGCGAAACGUCAUUCAAAUAUUAAAGUAAUGAUGUGUCCCGAACGAAGUGAUGUGGAUGUCAGACUUGAUUUUGAUGGAAAUAAUACAUUAAUUAAAGACAUUUCAUUAAGAGUAAUGAUUCGAAUAUUUGUGGUUUAG